UUUGGUGCAGAGCGCCCCCACUGUGGUGUACAGCGCCCCUGACGGACGACCUACCACAGCUGUGCCUUUAUUUGCAUCGUCCAAAACUGCUCCCGCACCUCCGCCAACCUCUUCGUCAGGAGCCUCUGACCGUCGUGCCUCUGGCAACACCCUAAGCAAUAGUCUGACUAGCGUGCAGUUAGCGAGCGGCGCGAUGGGCCGGCCGACGCUGCAAGGAGUGAAGGAAUUCUUCAGGAGCAACCUGCUCCCCUUCCUGACCAUCUCGGGGGUCGUGGGGGGCGUGGUGCUGGGGCUUACUNAGGUACUCUAUUGCAGGUACUCUAAGGUACUCUAUUGCAGGUACUCUAAGGUACUCUAUUGCAGGUACUCUAAGGUACUCUAUUGCAGGUACUCUAAGGUACUCUAUGGCAGGUACUCUAAGGUACUCUAUUACAGGUACUCACGCGAGGGCUCAUGGACCAAGCGCGAGAUUAUGUACGUCGGCUACCCCGGCGAGAUACCAGCCAUACCUCGGGUCAGGUCCCAGCCAUACCUCGGAAAUAUUUGUGAUUUUCCCGAAUGGCACUCACCACNCUACAUGACGACGACGGUGAGCGCCGUGGUGCUCGGCAUCAUCCUGGUGGUGUCCAUCCGCCCCGGCGCGGGGGGCGAGGAGGGCAUCAAGAAGGCCGGCUCCCCCAACGAGGCCAACACCCCCGACCUCCUCAUGGACCUCGUCAGGAACAUCUUCCCCCCAAACCUCAUCCAAGCCUGCUUCCAGAAUUACUACACCGUCCUGGUGCCUCCUGCCAUGCCUACCAUCAACGACACGAAGAUCAUAGAGGAGUGGGGCGACAAGUACAACUGGACAUACGGGAUGGUCGUGCCGAAGGAGGAGUACGAUAUCUCCGGGUCCUACCGUGACGGCAUGAACAUCAUGGGACUCGUGUCUUUUGCCACGAUGCUCGGUGUGUCUCUGUCGGUGCUGGGACCGAAGGGCAAGCCUCUGCUGGACAUGUUCACCGCGCUGUCAGACGCCACCAUGAUCAUCACAUCGUGGCUCAUCUGCUCUGGCACGCUGCCCGUGACGUUCCAGUGUCUGGAGGAGAAGAACAACAUCGACACGCGCGUCACGCGCUUCGUCAUCCCCAUCGGCGCGACCAUCAACAUGGACGGCACGGCGCUGUACGAGGCCGUGGCUGCCAUCUUCAUCACGCAGGUCAAGAACAUGUCGCUGGGCAUCGGCCAGAUCAUUGCCAUCAGCAUCACGGCGACAGCGGCGGCGAUCGGGGCAGCGGGCAUCCCGCAGGCGGGGCUCGUGACGAUGGUGAUGGUGCUGGACGUCGUGGGGCUGCCGGCCGAGGACGUCACGCUCAUCAUCGCUGUUGAUUGGCUGCUGGAUCGCUUCCGCACGAUGAUCAACGUGCUGGGCGACAGCAUCGGUGCAGGGCUGGUCUACGAGCUCAGCAAGAAGGAGCUCGAGGAGAUGGACGCCGCGGCGGCCGCUGGUGCGCGUCAAGGCGGUAGCGAGAACAUCGCUCUCGACAACAUUGAAACCUGCAAGAUGUAACAACAUCCGCCCUCUGUUGUCCGAACAUUCUAGGAGUCUAAACUUAAACCUUUUGUUAUCAGCGUUGAAGUGAGCAAGAUGUAGAGACAUCCGCCCUCUGUUGUCAUCGAAAUGUGUAAAAUGUAGAAACAUUCAUCCUCUGUUAUCCAAACAUUCUGAGAGUUUAAACUUUAACCAUCUCUUGUCCAAAUUUACAUAUGUGAAAACGCCGCCCUUUCGCCAAAUCUGGUCGUUUAUGUAUGAGAAUAUAUUAGCUUCACGAUUUGAUCGUUUAAAACAAUGUAGAGGUCGCUUGCUUGUUAUUCAAUACUGGUUUUUUUACAUUUAAUGUAAAUAAUAUCCUUCUUUAAUCGCACCAUCUAACGACCAUGCAUAGAUGAUCUUCUGUAUCUGUUUGGUGACUCGUACACAGAUUUUCUGCAGCAUCGCACUGUAUCUACAAAAAUUUCUUAGAAUCUUCUUUUUCUAUUCUCAUAGGGAAAAAUAUUUGUAAUUUCAACUAAUUCACAUAUAAAGUUCUUCCAUUGAUGUAAUAAGCAAAUUGAGAUGCUGCGAGGGCGCCGUUCUCAUACACGGCCCGAGGAGUCGAUGGGUUCCACAUGAUGCCAGAAAAUGAAAAUAAUUUUUAAAUUAAAUCUAGGCUGCAGUCAUCUAAAUUGGAAUACUGGAAUUCUAUCAUGAUCAUUUAACCCAGAGCAAAGUGGUUAGAAUUAAUCAAAAUGUAAGUUUUUAACAUAAAUGAAUAUUUGAAUAUUUUCAUGCAGGCGUUUGACUAAACUGGUCUGUACUGCUCCGUUUGUUGUACUAAGUUAGAUAAUUAUAAAAUAAUCAAUAUUUGUCGGUGUGGCCUUAAAUUGAUAAACGCGGAGAAUUUCGAUUGAUAUGUUCUUAGUUCGAAACUUUUGUUCGGACUUACUUCGACGAACACAAAGGCUGACCAGUCAAUUGAAACAUCAAAUAUUUAUUUCUCCAUCACAACGAAUCAGUUCUCCAUCGGAGCUUGAUUGUUCACAGUUCUCACCUGUUCUGGUUAAUAUUUUCCGUUGCCAAAAAUUUCAUAACUUGUUAUGUUAUGUGCAAAUAUAAUUUAUCCGACCGUACCUCUCGCUUGGUAUAUUAAAUAUACUGGCUCAUAUGAAAGAGAACAUGAUGCACAAUUCUAGCAGUUUCUGUAUUUUGUAAUUAUUUUUAAAUUUUAUCAGCGUUGAGACUACGCCGUUGCACUGCCAUUUUCUUCCAACUAAAAAUUAGUCUUAUCAAUUCUUCAGUUUCUUAUUAGCAAUUCUGCAUGACAAUUAAAUGUGUAAUAAUUUGAACUUUCUCCAGUAUUAUCUAUUGUGACGGAAGUACAUGACUUUUCUAUUACUUUUAUAAACUAAAUUAAUUAAUGUCGGUUUUUAAAACAUACUUCUAAGUUAAUGCUCGGCUCUAAGCAUCUAAUAAUCUUUAUUUGGCUUAGAUUGGGCUCCUUAUUUUGCGUACGUUUGUAUU